AUGUUAUAUAUCAAAGACUUCUUGGUGAUCAUAUUAACUGCAGAAUUCUUAAUAGGAAUGUUGGGGAAUGGAUACAUUGGACUGGUCAACUGGAUUAGCUGGAUCAAGAAGAAAAAGAUUUCUUCAAUUGACUACAUCCUCACCAAUUUAGCUCUCUCCAGAAUUUGUUUGAUUGGUGCAAUGGUAUUAAAUGCCAUUUUUCUAAUAUUCUAUCCAGAUGUUUAUGAUCUUAAUGAAGUAAGGGUAGUCGUUUUUACCUUCUGGACACUUGCCAACUAUUUAAGUACUUGGCUUGCCACUUGCCUCAAUGUCUUCUAUUUUCUCAAGAUAGCCAGUUUUUCCCACCCACUCUUUCUCUGGCUGAAGUGGAGAAUCGACAGGAUGGUUCACUGGAUCCUUCUGGGGUGUUUUGUUAUUUCCUUAUUGGUCAGCUUUAUACUAGCAAAGGUUGUGAUUUGUGAUUAUGGGUACUUUAAAAUUUCAAAAAGUAAAGAAAGUAUCACUGAUAUAUUCCAUGCGAGUAAACUACAAUACUUUGAUCCAUUUACUCUCUUUGAUAUUUCUUUACUAAUCCCAUUUAUUGUGUCACUGAUCUCAUUUUUGCUUUUGAUAAUGUCUUUGUGGAGACAUACUAAGCAAAUGAAACUCAGCGCUACAGGAUUUAGAGACCCCAGCACAGAGGCACAUGUGAAAGCCAUGAAAACUGUGAUUUCGUCUCUCUUUCUUCGUAUUAUGUACUAUGUGGCUUCUUUUGUGGUAACCUUUAGCUAUCUUAUAAGAGAAAACAUUUUAGCUAUAAUUUUUGGAGAGAUUUUUGCAAUUCUCUAUCCCUUAGGCCAUUCACUUAUUUUAAUGAUUGGAAAUAACAAACUGAGGCAGACAUUUGUCAAGAUGCUCAAGCGUAGAAAAAUAACCUGCACAAUGUAA